ACGACAAGUUCCAAAAUAUAAAAUAAAAAAACGUCAUGCAAAGAGAGACGACGAACAAAAAGUAGAAGAAAAAAUAAAACAUAAUUUUCUACAAAUAAUUACAAUUACAAAGUUAUCAUAAGUGACGCUAGACGCCAUUUUUUACAUAAAUCUUAUUAAUUAAGUCGUUGUAAAAAGAACAAUUGAAAACAAGAGGAAGAAAAAAUGACGACGCGAGACAGCGACACAUCACUGUGGCUGCAUAAUAAACUCGGGACAUCAAAUGAUUCGUGGAUAAGUGGUUCAAUAUGCUCCCAAUUAAACAAGGAAGUGUUGCGCAACAUAAAGGAAUGCUUUCCCGAUCUUCAGACACAAGUGAAAUUGAAAUUAUUAUUAAGUUUUUUCCAUAUUCCUCGUCGCCUUGUGGAAGAGUGGAAAGCCGAAUUAGAAGAAGUCAUCGAAGUUGCUUGUCUAGAUUCAGAAUUAUGGGUAUCCAUGUUGGCCGAAAGUAUGAAAACAUUUCCAGCGACCAGCUCGCUCAAUACAGAGAUCUCGGAUUAUGAGGACACCCGUCCCAUAUUCACCGACAUGGUCAACGAUUUACGAAAACUUGUUUCGAAACACAGUGAUUUGGGCAUGUUGCCUUUGGAAUGCCAAUAUCUAAAUAAGAAUGCUUUAACAUCUGUGGUUGGCCAACAACCAAAUACUGUCAAGCACUUUACCAUUAAACGCAAACCAAAAAGUGCUACUUUGCGUACAGAACUUUUACACAAAUCUGCUGAUGCACAGUCUUCACUGAAAAAAGCUUCAGCACCAACCAUACCAUUAAGAUCUCGAGGCAUGCCACGUAAAAUGACGGACACAACACCCCUAAAAGGUAUACCAUCUAGAGUGCCUACAUCAGGAUUUCGCAGUCCCAGUAUUAAUGCCACAAAUGCACAGCGGCCAAAUUUAAGUCGUACGCCAGCCGGACGCAAAGAUGGUGGCAUUAAACUCAUUGAAUUAUCCGAACAACCUUUGGGCUAUGCGGCCGCUAAGAAGCGUAAACGUGAACAGCAACUCGAGGAACAGGCCAGAAAGCAGGAACAAAAAGCAGCCGCAGCAGCAGCUGCUGCAACCACUGCUAGUACGGAUAGUACUUCACCAUCGGCGGCUAAUAAUAGUUCCCAAAGUGGUAAAGAGGCAAAUACACCCACUACGCCCACAUCGGCUAAUAAUAGUUUUGAAAUUAAAACCGAAACUAAUCUUAAUCAAAGUCAAAGCAGCAGUGCCGAUGAGGGUCAUGCUUCCGACACCAAGGAAGACAUUAAACCGGUCAUUAUUGCUACAACAACUACAAUUAAGGAGGAUGAGAAACCAGCUAUAACUCCCGAAUAUGCUCCACCAUCGUUGAGCUACACCCAAAAUACACCGGCUGGAAUAUUGGAUAGCGUUAAUAAUUCUCAACUGGAAGACACCAAACCAAAUCCACAGACCUUGAUUAAGACCAUAAUGCCAACAAAGUCCCCAGAGAAAGCCACAAUUCCGUUGCAGACACAACAGCAGCAGCAGCAGCAACAGAAAACAACUACUAACAACAACAAUAAUCUGAAUCAUGUAAAUAAGCGUAUUAAGCAAGAAAUCAAAAUCGAAAGUGAAGAGAUACUGGUACCGGCCACUAUUAAGGUGGAAAAAAUCGAGCAGCCAACUAUAACGCAACACACGCAAACGCAAACAUUGGGUCAGCGUAUUCAACAGCAGCAGCAACAGCAGCAUUUGCAACACCAAACCCAACAAAGAGUUAUUAUACAGCAACAAGCUUUGCCGACAUUGCAUCAGAUACAAACGUCAACAUCUCAACAACAGCAACCAACCACACAACAUGUCAUAAUACGUACGUCGCCACAGCAGCAAAAGCAAACAUUGACGGUACGUCAACAGAAUACACCAACAACACCAAUAAAAAUGGAAAAACUAGAAAUCAAGCCCUUGGUGCGCAAUACCACCACUCAACCGGGUACCAUAAUAACUCAACAACAACCAAUGCGUCCUGUCACCAACUCUACGUCUACAAAUCCAUUGGCCAAUUUACCCAACAAUAUUUCCGUGAAAAUUACAUCGACUAAAACGGGUAAAGUAACACAGCCACAGCAGCAGCAGCAACAGCCCCAACAGCAGCAACAACAACAGCAACCCAUCUUGAUUAACAGUUCAACUCCAGUGAUAUUGGCUUCAACACCCUCACAGACGGCCGCAUUAAGGCAAAAACAAUUGGCAACGGCCACAGCUACAACACAGAAUGCCACACCACAAACAGCCCAGGCCAUAAAGUCUAUGCCUUUGAGUCAACUAAAGAAUGCCACCAAUAGUGGGCCGGUGAUCAUUUCACAGACCAUCAUACAACCGGCCAAGAGAGCCCAACAGCAGCAACAGGCUGUAAAUCAACAACAGAAAACUCAAAUUAUACAGCAGCAGCAACAAAAACAGCAGCCAACCACCACAACUACACAAUAUAUUUUAACACAACAACAGCAACAACAAACGCUACCAACAUUAACAACAUUCACACCAAAUCGUCAACAUCAAACCUCGUAUCAAACAACCUCGUCAUCAGCACCACAAACACCAACAUCCACAAAAAUCCUGUUGAAAACUUCGCCCAGCUCCUCGGUGGUCAUACGUCAACAACAACAGCAGCCGCAACAGCAAACGAUUAAUGUGAGUAGUGGCAAUCCACCACCUCUAAUAGCCUCGUCCUCCUCCUCCAGCACCUCAACGCAACCAACUCUAUUGAAUAUACAAAAUGUUCAGCUGCCCAAUCGACCUGUCACGAUACAACCUGCUUCUCAAGCUGCCCAACAACAACACAUACAAGCCCAAUUGCAACAGCAACAACAGCAGCAGCAACACACCUUAGUCUCCAAUAACACCGCUACCCAACAACCGAAACUCACACAGGUUCUCAUGCAGCCCGGUUCGAGUAAUGCCACCACUGUUUCGACCCAAUCGGCGGUGGGCGGUGGUAAUGCCAAUGUCAAGAACAAAACCAUUAUUCUAACACAAAAAGGUGUCAUUUUGCGCAACAUUGGCGGUGAUAUGUAUCAACAGAUACCCAUUAGCAAUGUGGGUGGCUUGCAAUCCCUUGGCACAGGUGCUACAACACUCAUGACAACUGCGGCUGGUCCGCCUGGACUUGUGAAAACGACAUCGGCAACCACUAUGCAACAACAUGCUACACAAACGAUAACAUUGCAACAGCAACAGGGUUCGCAGGCCUCAAAACAGUUGACCACCAUAAUACCACAGCAACAGCAUUUGAUUGUGCAGCAACAACCACAGGCCACAACAAGUUUAAUAACGAAUCAACCUUCGCAACAAACCAUUAUAAGACCGGUAAUGACGAAUGUACAAAGUGGUCUCACAACACUACCAGGUGGCUUGACAUUAAUUCAAAGACCUGGCCAACAGCCCCAACUGGUACAGGUACAGACCACACCGCAGCAACAACAGCAAACUCAAAUACAACGUACCAUUAUAACGCAACCAGCCCUGCAACAGCAGACGCAAUUGCGUCCCCAACAAAUAGUGUUGCAACAAAAACCGGCAACUACGCAACAGCGUAUAAUAACAACAACAGGCGGCCUGGCUACCUCGGGUACACAGCAAAUUCAAUUACAGCAAACAAAUACGGGUGGUAUACAACGUACACACAUCAUACAAGUGCCCCAACAGCAGCAACAACAGCAACAGACACAAGCUGCGGCACAGCGUAAAGGAUUAUCAUUAUCGAAUGAACAUGUCCACAAAGCUCACGAGAUGUUUCGUAAAGCUAAUAAAGUAUCUCGUCCAGAUAAGGCUUUAAUUUUGGGCUUCAUGGCUGGUUUGCGUGAUAAUCCCCGCCCAAAUUCCGAAAAUGUGAUUGUUAUUAAAUUGGGUGAGAAAGAGGAAAAAGUUCAACAGGAAGAUGGUCAAACAGCAUUAUGUUUAGUUGAGUCUCAUAUACGUUUAGAUUAUAAUACAGGCGAAUGGAAAACAUUCCAAAACUACAGACGCCUCGAUCAAAGUAAUCAAAGUACUGGUGAUAGUGGGGGUGGUGGUGGAGGUGCCGGUAAUGUUAUGCAAACACAAAAUUCCGUGGUCAUAUAAUGAAUAAGGCCCGCUACAUCAACGGGCCCAUCAACAUCAAAACAAAAUCUAAAAAAAUGAAAAUACAAAAUCUAAAUGAAAAUUAAACAUUUUGUAAUUUAAAAGAAACCACACUCAUCAUAGGGAAAGCUUAGUAAAAGCGCUUAACACAUUGAAACCCAUUCAAAUCAUCAAACUAAACAAACAAACAUUCAUCAAUCAAUCAACAUAAAUUAAGCAGAUAAAAUGAAAACCACACAAUCCAAUCAUGCACCCACACAACACACGUUUUCUUCUUUGUUUAAAACAAUUAAACAGCGAGCUUUUGUUCCCAAAAAGUCAUCGUCGCCGCCAUCAUCGUUAAAAGUACUACUGCUUAAAACAUCUCUAUUUUGUUUUACACUCAAUCAAAUUCAUCUUGUUUGAAAGAAACAUAAAAUCUAAAUGCUGUAUUAAAUGCAGUUUAGCUGCUUAGAAUUCAUAACUACAUCAACAGUAUAAUCAUCAUUAUUAUCAUCAUAAUCAUACAUAAUUAGAAUUUGUUUGAAUGUUGGUAAGUAAAUUCUUAUCAAUUGAAUUAUUUUUUAUAGUUUACAAAUUCCUAAUCAUAUAAUUACAUACAUACUUUAUAUUCAUAACCAACCAAAUCCCCCUACCCAACCACAACAUCAAUUUAACAUUAUUUUUGCCUUUGUACCCAAUAAUUUAAUAAAAUGCAAAAAAAUUUAUUUAACUUUCUAAAGAAUUUUUGAAAUACAAACAUAAAUACAUACAUACAUAGAUAAAUAUAUACAUAUAUAUAUAUUUUUUGAAUUAACUAGGAAUUAUAUGAAAUACAUACAUACAUACUAAAUACAAGAAUUUUCAAUUUUUCAAUUUAAUACAUACAAACAACUUCUUGAUUAUUUUGAAACUUUAACUUUUUAAUACAUUUAUUUAACUUCUCUAUAUAUUGAAAACAAAACAAAACAAAAAAAUUAAUGAAAUGAUAACAAAAAGAAAAAAAUAAUAAUUAUGAUAAAUUUAAUGUAAAACGUUUAUUAAUAAUUUAGUUGUACAAAAAAACAAACAAAAAAUUAAGGAAAAAAAAUAAAACCCUGGUAGUUUAUUCAUAAUGCUUAGAUUUAUAUAAAUAUAAAAAAACUAUAUAUAAAAUAUAUAAUAAGACAACAUCAGAAUAUAUAUAUAUAUAAAACCAAUUAAUGUCCCUUCCUAAUUAGACCCUCUCUUUUUAAUUUUUAGCCUAACUCAUCGUAUUAGUCUUUUUCGUUUUAUUCUAAAUUUUAACUAAACUCUCAAAGUUUUGUUUUAGUUUUUUUUUUGUAUAAUUUGAAACUUUUUUAGAGCUUAACCAAAUUUCUUUGCAAUAUAUUUCAAAAAUUUAUCAACAACUGAGAAUAAUUAAUUACAAAUGCUAAAAAAUAGAACCCAUUUUAAUAAAACAUUUGGUAAAAAAAAACUAAAUAAUUCAUGAUAAAAAAUACAAACAACAUACAAUGAGAGUUGAAAAUAAUAUAAUAAACAAUAAUUAUAUAAUAAUUUAAAUAAAAAGAAAAUCAAUAAUUAUUUGGCUUACAUGUUAAACAAAUAUUAAAAAAAAAACAAAA